CAGAGUUCACCCUUUACCCUCCACCCAAACAAAAAAAUGCUUGGUGCUCAUCCUGCCCGUCUCCGCCCGCGGGACGCCGGCUGGCCCGGGCCCAUCCCGUGGGCCCCGCCUCGGCGAUGGCGCCCUCCUGGCCUGGCCCGGGGAGGCGGCGGCACCGCUCCUGGGCCCAGGAACGGAGUGGCGACGCCGUCGCUCCCCGGGACGCAACCGGCCCGACCUGCGCAGACCUCCCGAAGCGGGCCUCUGAGGGCCUCGCCCCCGAAGUCCCUACAGAAUCUUGGAGUCCUGGAAAUGGGCCUGCGAGAAUCAGUCCGCGCCCAUGCUGUCCAGCAUCCGCAGCACGGACUCUGGAUCUAUGCCCAGCGGCAUGCGAUCUCUCGUCGCCAGCGGCCUCUGAGCGCAAGAGACCGUUGCGUCGGCCGCCAGAUGGCAGCGAACGAUCCCGCAGUGCACGAGAACGACGAUGUCGUCGUCCUGCAGGGACGCAGCGAUGAUCUCUCUGGUCAUCGCCUCCUCACCUGCCAUGGCCGUGGCCCUGGCCGCGAGCAAUCCAGAGACGUCUGGGGCAGCCGUGGGCGCUCGGAGCGAGCCGCGUGGAUUGCCGUACACGGUGACCGCGCUCUGGCCCUGGGCCUCCACGAGGGCGAAGAGCCCGAGCCCCGGGGACAGCAGCACGAGGCGCAACUGCUCCCUCGCCCCCGCGCACGCCGCCAUGCCCGGCACCCGCUCGCACCCGUGCACCUGGGGCGCGCCCUCUCGCACGCGGACGCACAGCGCGAGGGCGUCGUGGUCGCCGUCGGACACCGCCAGGGCCAGCCCGCCCUCCCCUGGCCCGGCCGCGAGCAGCUCGCCGCGCGGCAGCGCCCAGCUGCUGACCUCCGGCCCCCCAGCUGGCAGCGUGAGCACGGUCAGCACCGGCCUGGCACGGUCAGCACGGCCAGCUUCGGACUGGCCAGCAGGCGGGCCGUUGGAGGGCCACAGCGAGAAACUCGCCUCGGCGGCGAGCAGCACGGUGUCCGGUGCGCACCAGCACGCCGCCCGUGGCGGGGCCGUCCCCCGCGCCGUGGCCAGCACAGUGCAAGCCGUGCCUGCGAACUCCAGGGCCACGACAUCCACCGAUCGAGACUGCAACACCCGGUGGACCACGACCCUCACGACGCCGGGCGACGCCCUGCAAGCAGCGGUGAUCCACAGGUCGGCGCCCUCGGCCACGGCAUCCGUGCCGCCCAGCUCCGGCAGGGGCGCCGGCCCGUGGACAGUGGCCGCCACCUGUCGCGAGGCGGAGUCCCACACGAAAGACACGACCACGAGGCGCCCGUCCGCGGUGCUGCAGGCAACCGAGUCGCGAGCGGACCCCUCCUGGUCCGCGGGCUCACCAAUGGGCUGAAGAACCCGGGCCAAGGACCGCACCUUGGGGGCCGCAGUCGACGUACUGCGCCACGCCCCCGGCCACGAGCUCCCUCACGGCGAUGCCCUCGCCCCAGGGCGCCGCCGCGAGUGCCCCGCCGCAGAGGAGCGCCAGGGAGGCCGCCGCCUCUCCCCGCCACCGGGCCUCCGCCGCCAGCGCCGCGACCGCGGGGGCGCGCGGCUCGGCGAGGGGCGGGGGCGCGUGCCAGGCGAGCAGCUCGGCCGCGCCCAGCAGCUGGGGGCAGUCUUGUAGGUGUCGAACGGCGCCGCCGCGGGCGCCGCCGGCAGCUCCAGGCGCCGCGCCAUCCCUCGGGAGAGAGCCCCCCCCGCGGGGGCGGCGCGCCCUCGCCGAG